CCAGUCAGCGGUACAUUUUCCGAAGCUGUCCAUCUGUUACGACCACGCCCUAAGGUCCACCCCAUGUCAGCACCAAUGCCUGACGCGCAUCCACGGCACACUGCCACACCAGACGCCGACAGAUGCUCUAUUCCAUCUGGAACUACCAUCGUCGAUCAGCCUGAGUCCCCGCACCUAUACAUCUCCCGACGGUGGUACGAGGUAGCGACUAGCCGAACAUUGGGAUCACUGGGCUGCCUUGACACCAGAAUUACCCAUACCCCUGGCUCCAUGUCGCCAACGUCCAAUUCACUGUCCCCGAAGUUGAUGGUGGCACGUGCAAAGGAACUGCUCAGCCAGCGUUCGAGCAGGAUGCCCAAGACACCUGAAGGGGGGAAAGCACAUGGCGCUUCCUGCCGGACGAAGAGUGUUGUCAAGAGCCUACGUCACGGCAGCAGAGAGAUUGUUGCUGAGAAGUCGCGGGAUUGGCUUCGUUUGGGGUACUAUUCUGUCUCGGAAGAGCGACUCUUCGAUGGAUUCGAUGGCGAGGCUGAAGACCCAGAGAUUUCGAUUGUUUCUGAUACACCUCGCAUCGCGCCGCUGAGGCCAACGUCGAAACUCCUGCCUGAUCUCACCAUUAUCAUCCCUCAGAACAACAUCGCUAGCGAGUUUUUCGUUGAGCACAACAGCAUCAACGCCGGCGUGGAGGCUGAUGGCGAGUCCAGCAGCGACGAAAGCCUCCAUGUCGCACCUCUUUACCUGCAGUCGUCUCCUAUCACUUCAGUGUCAAAGGAUGGAGACACCACAGCUGAGACCUCGUUCUACACAGCAGGUAGUGAGACAUCCUUCCACUACACACCUGCUACGAAAGAAGACGACGAUGUCUUCGCAGCCGAGACAUCUCACACCCAGCGUCCCAUGACCAACUACACGGCGAAACUGUAUGAUGCGAUGGUCCCUGAUCGUGGGUACAAAACCCCGUCGAUUGCGUCGACAACAAGUUCGACGGAGCCACUAGUAGAUACCCCAUCGCCGUCUCGGAAGCUUCGACAUACUGCUUUAAAAUCUCCUCGAGAAACGCGUUCCGGUUCAUUGCGAGCGCAAUUUUCAAAGGCAGAGCCAGCUUCUCUUGCUUUGGCUGAGGGCGUACCGAAGAUGUGGCAGCUCAACCACAUGGAGUCUACGCGAGAUCUGCGUGUAGCACCAAGCCUCGAACAGGGACUUCGUGAUGAUUCCCUAAAGGUUUUCGAGGAUUACGCUACGGCAGAGGCGGCGGCAAUUGUCCACGUCGAGCCAGACGUCGUUGACAUCCGUCGUACACAGACGUUCAAGAAGCUCGAAUCGCGAAACCCGGAUGUCUCAGAUCAGCGACAAUGUGAUCGUGACAUGGAGAUCGCUCCCCUAAACAUAGCACCCAAGCCCCGUCCUGUCCGUUCGUCAUCAGGCAUCGUACUCGAGUACGACGUUGCAACGAUGCCCACCGAGAUCCUUUAUACCAUCGUCUUCUCCGCCGCCUACGGAGACGCGAAUUGCUCCGAGCUGGCCUCGGGGCUCUAUGGAGCACUCCCAGAAUCUGGCUCUCCGAUCACCGAGUGUGUUUGGGAUGGGCGCAAGCAGCGGCUGCUGCUCCAAUCGCACCUCCUGGAGGAGCUCAAGAACUUGAAGCAGUGCGGGCUCAUGCGCGAUGAUGUCUUCGCUGUCAUUCGGGACCAGUUUUUUCCCACGAGUGUUACGAAUGUGCUGAGUAGCGAGGAUUUUGCGCGUUAUAUUCGCAGGGCUGUGAACAGGUUCAAGUUGGCUGAAGAGCGCGCCGAGGAGGUCCUGGGACUCGUCAUCAACGAUGAAGAUCAGGGGUUUGCGCAGACGUCUCCAGAGGAUGAGGAGUUCUUCGAGCGCGAGCCAUUCAACUCGCAGGGGUUUGUCUAUGAUAAUGGCUCCUCUGAUGAGCACUAUGGGCGGCUAGGAUCGUUGCCUUCGACUGUUGGUUCGUUCGAGGGGUGGGAGUCAGAACCAGAGCCGCGAGUGAGCUGGUAUUCAUUAUUCUUUACAAAAGUUACGCGGAUGUUCAGCAUUGGACACCGUAAGCCGAUGGCUUAGAGGAUAGAUGGUGUUUCUGCCAUCCACUCGUUUGCGAUGGGCAUAAGUUUUUUUCUUUGUUUGCUAUUAUGAAGCCAUGCAGCGAGUCUGAAUACCUAAGGCCUAUCAGUAAGGGUCAUGUGAACGGUGUAUCGUAAAUUAAAUAGAACCCGGACUACCUCCAAGCUGAGCAUUAGACUUGCACCUUGACAUAUUACUGCGAGUACUGUUACAAACAGCCGCCAUUGCACACGGUAGCGACGCAUUGUUCAAAGUCAUUACCGACCCAGCUGGCUUUCGGGUAUCAU